AAUAUAGUUAAAAAACCGAAAUCAACCGGAAUAACCGGUUAAUAAUUAAAGUAUUCCAUAAAAUUAUUAUUUAAUUCCUUGAAAAAACUAUAGUGAUAAAUUGAGAUUUUUUAAAUAAUUUAUUUAAAAUUAUUCGUUACUGAAAUGGUAAAAAACUAAUAAAAAACAAAUGAACUAUAAACGAUAGUGAUGGUAGGUGUACCCAACUCAACAAAACAAAUGUCCGAUUCGUGCGCCCAUUUCGUAAGUUCCUCGAGCGAUAAUUUCGAUCAACGCCCUUUAAAAAUAUUGGUUUUAAUUUACUUUGGUUGUAAAUAAGCGUUUUCUAGUUUACACGUAAGCUAUUAAUAGUAUACGGUUUGCAUUCGUUGCACUUCUUCCAGAUUUCGAUGGUUUCCUAAUAUCUAAACGAAUCGGUAGGCGAAAGGAAUCAAGUUUCAUACUCUAUUUUCCAAGUGUUUUCUUGAGGGAUGUAUAGUUGGAGAGACGUGCAAUAGAAUUGAUAACACAUUGCAAACCGAGUUCGUUUGUUACGAAGAUGACAGGAAAUGGAGUUCUCCUUUCACCCUAGUGCCAGUGUUAUGAUUGUUUUCUUCGAUGUGGAGAUCGUCAUAUAAUAAACGAGGCCCGAAUGGUUACUCCGAGGAGCGAGGUGUGCGAUGGUGAUAGCAAAGAACAAGAGAGUUAAUCCACUAAUGACCACCACAGUGAAAAAUAUGGAUUAUAACUGGACACCUGCUCCAGAGACCCAGAAUAACCAGGAUGUGGGUGUACCCAGGGCGAUCUUCAUACCUCAUUCUAACUCUUUGCCCUUUGAUGAAAGACGCGUCACACUGGAACAACCUGUCAAGAUCGGGCGCAAUGUCUACAGGGCAACCGCUUCCCCGACCAACACGAUAUUCGAAUGCAGAGUCCUGUCACGGCACCAUGCUACCCUUUACUACGAGAAAGGCCAUUUUUACCUUGUGGACAACCAAAGCAGCAACGGAACAUUCGUGAACAACAACCGGUGCACGCUGACGAAGGAGCCUCACGAAGUAUUCUCCGGGGACGUGGUCCAGUUCGGCAUUCCCGUGGUUGAGAAUGCCGGCAUCGCGGAUAAGAAUACAUUUCCUCCGGUGGUGGCCCUCCUUAAACUGUUCCAUCCGGACGGCAAGGAGGCAAAGUCGUCGUUCAACCCUACCAUGACAACGCCACUCAACCUCAAAGAGUUAUAUCAGCUAAAUAAUUUUGUACAGGAGGCAGUCCAACGCGAAGCAUCGCUUGAGACUCGGCUUCGUACCUUGCGCGAGUGUGUGGAGAGAACGCGCGCGGAAGCGGCCGCGUCGUGGGAGAUGUUCGUGGGCGAACAGCGCUUGCUUAUGCGCGUGCACACACUGGAAGCGAUGCUCGCUGCGGGGAAGCACCCCGACCACUACCACGUCGCGCAGCUGCUGAGCGAUAAGAGGAACUACCAGGAAGUGGCGCAGGACAGCCUGCGCACAGCGCACGAGCAACGGUUGGCUUUGGAGGAAUCGUUGGAGCGGCGCAGUCGUGAAGCGGCCUCGCUGCACCAGCAGAACUACACCCUGCGCCAAGCGGCCACCAACGCGCUGCAAGAGUUGCAGAAACUGGCAGCACGCUGCGACCGAAAGAUGUGUGCGGCGCGACUCGCCAUAGCGGCCGCAGAAGAGCGCGAACAGACGCUGCGGAAACAUCUGCCUCUUGCCUACUCUGUUCAAAACGGCGAAGCAAAGAUGCUGGUGGUGUCGACCGACAGCAAUAAGCUGCAAGAAGCGAAACGUGGCGGCUCGCUCGAGGACGCCAUCCGAGCGUUGCCCGACUACAUCAAACUGUUGCUGCCUCAGAGCUUGCUUAAUAAGGUUGGCAUAAAAACAAUAUCAGCCGAAGGGAAGUCUGCGAAAGAGUUCGAAUUGAUUCUGCAGAAGAACAACGUAUACAAUGCAGAAGAAAAGCAACAAGCAGAGGAAGGCAGCGUUAGUGGUAGCGGCGAAAAGACCGGGGAAAACCCCUGUACUGACGACGAAAAGAAUUCGCGACUCAACCACGAUGCAGGACAUGAAAAUAUGGAAUCUUUGAGCCCGUUGGACGGCGACCUGUGUCCAGAUAAUAAUGCCAACUCUACGUACACUGAAGCAGACUUGAAAGAUGACUCUCCUAGCAAAGCAGGCAUCGAAUAUGCGAAUGUACUACGCGUGAUGGCGGGGCUCAACGAGGAGAUCAAAGUGUUACGCGAGCGGCUCGCGGUGUCCGCUGCGGAGAACGAGCAACUGCGCGGCGUGCGCGACGAGCUGCUCGCCGCGCAGGAGGAGCCCCGGGCGCCGGCCGCCCCCGCUUCUGCGGACGAUGCGGCGGCGUAUCGAGCGCGCAUCGCGGAGCUGCAGGAGCAACUCUCGCGAACGGCCGUGGCCGGCGAAGCCAACCUCGCCGAGAUCCAGCGGCUAGCGUCCAGCGCCGCAGACAUGCAGGCCGAGCUCGCGUUCCGGCCGACGCGCGCCGACAUCGACGACCUCACCGCCGUCGUGGGCAAGCUGCGCGCCGACGUACUCGCGCGCGACCAGCUGAUACAGCGCCUGCAAGCCGCCGUCGACCGACCGAAGACCACCGCCGACAAGGCCGUCGAGACCGAGGAGACCAGCCGAGACGACGAAAACAUCGACGCGAAGCAGAUAUCCGCCGAAAUCGACGAAAUGUUCCGUCUCGACUACGACGAAGACGACGAGGAGACCGACUCCGUCGCCACCGAGAUCAACAAAGACGACAGCGACAAGGACAUCGAGCACACCGUCAAUACGGAGAGCUUUAUCACGGAGUACGUGCGCCUCGACGACGACGAGCGGCUCCAGGUAACCAUGCAGAAUGGCAGCCUACACGCUCUGGAGGAGGAGCUAGUGCGGGCCAAGGAGAGGUGGGCAGAGGUAUGCGCGGAGCGAGCCAGGCUCGCGGCUCAACUUGCGACUCUCCAACGCAAACCUCUUCGAUUAGACCUCACUCACGCGGUAGCUCUAGCCGUGCCCGUCCUGUUCGCCUGCCUGUACUAUCUCCUGCUGCCCUACAUCUCUUGAUGGACGGCCACGUGGGACCCGCCCGGGUACGCGUAACGCCGACGCCCGCCCGCGACGCCGCCGACGCGCCUCGUGGACGAUUAAAGUUCAAACUUUUGCUCACUACUCUUCUUUAAACGUGACGAUUCGGAUGCCACUUUCUAAACUUAAUUAACAGUAUUUGCGCCUUUUUCUUACCAGUUUUAUUAGAAAAGGUCAGGCGAGCCUAUUUUAGCUUUCACAUAUAGUAAUGGUGCAAACUAAUAACUGUGUUGACACGACAGAAAUAUAUUGAAUUUAUUUUGUAUGGAGACGUACGUUGUACGUACAUUAGUCACUAAUUACAAUUCACAACGCAGUAAAUUGUUUGCACCGUUAACCUUGUAAUAGCGAUUAAACUUGUAUGAAAUUUUAAAUUCGUUUUGCAUCCUUUUUAACAAUAACUAAAGUUAAAGAAGCAAAUACUUUAAAUAUAAUUUAGAGGAGUAGGUACCGACAGAAUCGGCAUUAUUUUAUAAUUAUAAAUACACUUGUUUCGACGAAAUGAAUAUUUGGUUGCUUUCGUGUCGCGUACUUGUAACAAUCAACUCAAUCAGCCUCUACCUUGAGAUAAAAGUUGUAUUUACAUAGAACAGAACAGCUACUAAGAAUUGCUAAAAGUAAAAAGUAUACAAAACAAGAUAAAG